AUGUUGAUAAAGAAGAUUGUUACUCAUUUGAGUGACAAUCUGUUGGACAGUAUCAUGUUAUCAUUGGUCUCAAAGAGAUUAUAUAAUGAUAGAACAAAAUCAACAGAGUCAUAUCAACAACUAAUCUUGGAGCAGACAAAACAUAACAAGCCAUUUAAUAUCGCAGUACUCAACUCUACACAAUGUCCGCACGACCGCUACACCUACGACCAUAUAUUCCUCACUCGGCAACUGGCGGCUGAUGGACAGAUGAUCGAGCAAAUAUUGGCAUUGCCAAACAUUGGAUCAAUCACUUUUAUUGAUAGGAGUGAGACUGUAUGCUUCCAAUCAUCGUUCUGGAUAAGUGCCAUCCCAUUGUUUGAAGGGUUGGUGGCCAAGGGAGUCAUUGACGUGUCGUACAUAUGA